GUUGAUACCGAGCGAGAGAGUUGCAGGUAUUAAACAACCAACACAUGUAUGAAGUAUGAACACCACAGUGUCGUACCACUGUUGCUAGUAGUCACUUUCACAAAUUUCAAUUAACUCACUCACACUCACCUCCAUAGCCAUAUAGCCAUAGCCAUAGCUAACGUCUUUCUCUCUCUCUCACAAUCAAAUCACCAAUGGAAUCUAUCCUCAUCGAUCACUGUUACCCUUCCGUCGGUCCACGUCUCCUCCACUGACGCUCUCCAUUUAUUGGCUCUGAACCUCUGUAAUCCUACAGUUUUCAACAUUUUCACAGGUUUAGGUUUUACGUGUUGACGAAUCGGAUCUGUUCUCAGUCAUUGCACGUACAGUUUUUCUACAUCUUCACAGAAUCACAGGUAACCUAAUAGGUUACCGAUGGGGAACUGUCAAGCUGCAGAGGCCGCGACGGUUGUGAUAGUGCAUCCAGGCUACAAAGUCGAGAGGAUUUACUGGUCUGUAACCGCUCGUGACGUCAUGAACUCGAAUCCCGGCCACUACGUCGCGCAAGUGCUUACGUCACCGGUGGUGAAAACCGAUAACGGAUUGCCGGUGAAGCAACUGAAGCUUCUUCAGCCAGAUCAUACGUUGCUUAUUGGCCAAGUUUACCGCCUCAUCACCUACGAAGAUGUUUUGAAAGAAUUUGCUGCGAAGAAAUGUGUGAAGCUCGGGAAGUUGUUGAUGGAGAGAGGAGUGAUUGAGGUGAGGAAGAAGAAGCACACGGCGGUUGCUCCGGCGACGGUGCCGGUACGGAACGGAAGUUCCGGCAAGAAUGGUAGCAGUAGCAGCAGAAGACGAAAUCAAAGUCAUGGUGGAGGACAAUGGAAACCAGCUUUGAAGAGUAUUUCAGAGCUUGGAAAUUGAGUCAUCUUUUGUUUUCUUCUUUCUUUCCACUGUUCCUGUCAAUAAAAAACUCAAGUACAUUUCGUCUUUCUUGAGGUUGUUUUAACAUUUAAGAUCUAAAAUUUGUAUAAUAUUAUGUAGAAAAGACUCUUUUUAACCAA